AUGUCAACCUCACAACCGACGAUUGAUUCGAGACCCAUCUCCGAGAUUGACCCAGAAUACGCAGCAGGGCCAAUGCACAGCCCAGUGCAUACAUCGACUGGAAGGUAUAUCCCAGAUAGUGGUGGCAUUCUUUCACACCCAACCCCAGGCCGAAAGUCUCGGUCGCAUUCAGGCAAACAAAGUAGAACUGGGUCUCGCAGCACGACUCGUGAGCAUGAGAUACUGCCAUCUGAGCAUCCUGCAAAGACUGUCGACACUCUGACUAAUGCGAUCAAGCAAGGCUUACGCCCAAAUAAUUCAUUACACAGCCCUUCUGUUGCCAAAGCAAGCACCGAGAAGUCGAAUCUGCGAAUGCCGUUCCAGGACGGGCCGAGCUCUCCAACCUCCGUCUACACUGAUGUGACUGGAGCACAGAUGCAGCAGUCUGCACCCCCACCAUCCUAUGAAGAUCAUAUCCCUUGCGAGUCGAAAACAUUUACGAUAACUAAACACAAUACCGACCAAUACGAGAAGGAAUACGAAAGGUCUGAUUUCACCCACGACCUACCGACACCCUCCUCCCACAUGUCAGCACAUCCCAUUGUCGGUGCUGACAAUCUUGGGAUGAAUUCAAGGAUACCAGUCGAAAAGAGACCACCUAAACUUGACAUAAAUGCUGUUCGAGAAGCAGAAAAACGUGGAUCCAUGACAAGCUUGUCUGAUCUGAUCAGGAGAGCCACAAGGUUAGCCUCAAAUCUUGACAGAGGACGAACAGCUAGCAGCCUUGGACAUCUGAACAUGUUCGGCAGUACCGACCAGCUCCCUACCACCCGAGUACGUAAUUCAACGUAUUCAGAUAUUAUGGCAGCAUUUCCACCUCCUGCAGAUCGUGUAGGAACUCCAGCAGGAAAUCGUCCGAACACGAUGUGGCCGUUAGGUGAGAAGAAGUUCCUGGCCUCUAAGUCAUCGCUAGGCCGGACCGCAGAACCACAACGGGAGCCAAAGCGAUUGUGCUGUGGCUUGUCUCCACCAAUGUUCGCUCUUGUUCUUGUCGUUGUUGUUCUACUGGUUGCAGCUGCUGUACUUGUACCUAUCUUCCUGAUUGUUGUCAUUCCCAGGCAACACAAGACUGUGAAUCUGAACGAUUGUCCAUCAACCUCAUCAUGUCGAAAUGGAGGUGUCAGCGUUGUAUCAAACAACGCUUGUUCCUGUGUUUGCACAGAUGGAUUCACAGGUAGUGAUUGUACUACUGAACAGGAUCCAGAAUGUGUUACUGCCUCACUAGCUGAUGGAUCAAGGAUAUAUGAGAAUGCAACCGUCGGUAGCUCGAUCCUGCCCGUGCUACAAAAACAGCAACAACCUUUCGGUGUGUCUCUGAACACGACGACGAUAUUGUCCACGUUCGCCAGGUACAACCUUUCCUGUACAAGUGAAAAUUCAUUGGUCGAUUUUGGAUUCCAGAAUGCCGAGCAGAGGACAAGGCGGUUUGUCGUUCUUCCUGGUAUAAUGAGCCACGACUCACAUAUUCCGACUUUAGACAUGCCGCCUUCAGAAUUGCAAGAACAUAGAGCGGAUGUGUUUAUGGACGAUCUGCAGCCUGCAGCCGAGCGACUGCAAAUACUUCCCAGUCCGACCCUGCAUGCUCGUCAAGAUGGUACGCAAAGUGCGAAUGGCAUCGUCUUCGCAACAUCAACUCAAAUUCCGACGGCACCUACAGUGACAGCCUCGGUGACGCCAGUCUCCAGUGCUGGUACUGCCACGUCGACGUCAGCGCAGCCAACUCGAACGAUCGCAGCCACUGAUCAACAGCUGGAGUUUGCUGCAACAGUUGUGUUAUACGUGUUACAACACCACGAGAUCAGCGUUGCUGUCAAUGCUAGUCGAGCUAUUCGUGCUUCGUUCCAGUCAAGCAACUUGAACAACCAGACAGUCCAAGUCGUGGGCGGCACACAAAGCCUGAGUGCAAACUUUGAUACUUUUCAGAUUACGUAUACGAAUGGGACGGUCAUUGGGAUGAGUACAUAG